AUGGGGGAAGAUGAGGGUUCCAGGGAAUCUAUUCUAACCAAUGAUCCCCAGGGUCUCGCCGGCAGCCCCGGCCAGCGGGCGCGGAACGGUCAGUAGGACCAGGACCGCUGGGUCCCCUGGGGGCCCCGGAGUUGGGAGGCGGCGUCCGGGAGCCCCCAUAGGAGGAUGGGCUGCGGGCGCAGCAAGCUGAACUGCUGCAAACCCCCCAAAAAGAGGCACCAAGAACCAGAACAGCCAUGCAGACCAGUGUCCCAGGAACUAGGCCCCAUCAAUGAGGACUCAGCCACAACUGCCCACCUCUGUGUAUGUGAGGAGACUGAGCAGCACCAGAAGGAUUUUACUAGAAUUCUCCAGCAACAUGAAGAGGAAAAAAAGCAAUGGGCACAACAGGUGGCGAAGGAAAGGGAGCUGGAGCUUCAAGAGAAACUGGCUGAGCAACGACUAGUCCUUGGGGAAGAGCAUGAGGAAGCCCUGCGAGUUCUCCAGGCCUCACAUGAGCAGGAGAAAGAAGCCCUCAUCAACUCCUUCCAGGAGACCAAGACAGCCCUGCAGGAGACCAUAGAUGAACUAACCUCACAGCUGCAGAUCUUCCAAGCCAAGAUGAAGAGGGUAGAAGAGUCCAUUCUGAGCCGAAACUAUAAGAAGCACAUCCAGGAUUAUGGGAGCCCCAGCCCAUUCUGGGAGCAAGAGCUGGAGAGUUUGCACUUUGUCAUUGAGAUGAAGAAUGAGCGUAUUCAUGAGCUGGACAAGCGGCUGCUCCUCAUGGAAACAGUGAAAGAGAAAAACCUAACAUUGGAGGAGAAAAUCACCAUCCUGCAGCAGGAGAAUGAGGACCUCCAAGUCCGAGGCCGGAACCAGGUGGUUGUGUCGAGGCAGCUCUCAGAGGACCUGCUGCUUGCCCGUGAGGCCCUGGAGAAGGAGUUGCAGUUCCGGCGACAGCUCCAGCAGGAGAAGGAGGAGCUGCUGUACCGAGUCCUUGAAGCCGAUGCCUCCUCCGCCUUCCCCCUGGCCUCUGUCACCCCCACCGAAGUCUCUUUCCUGGCUGCCACCUAG